AUGUACAAGUAUGCUCAAUCCGCCCGCGAACGUGGUCUUCAAGUAUUGAUUGCUGGUGCUGGUGGUGCAGCUCAUUUACCUGGUAUGGUGGCCGCACUAACACCAUUGCCAGUCAUCGGUGUUCCAAUUCAAACUAAGGCUUUGAGUGGCAUGGAUUCUCUACUUUCGAUUGUUCAAAUGCCUCGUGGUAUUCCAGUGGCAACAGUAGCUAUUGGCAAUGCAAUGAACGCUGGUCUUUUGGCUGUUCGUAUGGUUGGUGGUGAAAGCAACUUGACUAAGAUGCAGACAUUCCUUGAGACACAAGAGCAAGAAGUGAAUGGUAAGAUUGACAAGAUGGAGGCAGAAGGCUGGAGUGCAUAUCUCGCCAACAUGAAGUUGUAA